AUGAGCUCCCAGCAGCAACAGCAGCAGGGAGAGGCCGAGAAGAACAUUGAGAUCUGGAAGGUCAAGAAGCUGAUCAAGCGUCUUGAAUCCGCUCGUGGCAAUGGAACUUCUAUGAUUUCUCUCAUUAUCCCCCCCAAGUCUCAGGUCUCUCAAGCGGCACGAAUGUUGGCUGAAGAAUAUGGUACUGCCUCCAACAUCAAGUCUCGUGUCAACCGUCUUUCCGUUCUGUCGGCCAUUACCUCCACCCAGCAACGUCUCAAGUUGUACAACAAGGUUCCUCCAAAUGGACUGGUCGUGUACUGUGGUGAAAUUAUCACCUCCGAGGGAAAGGAGCGUAAGAUUAACAUCGAUUUCGAGCCCUUCAAGCCCAUCAACACCUCACUCUACCUUUGUGACAACAAGUUCCACACCGAGGCCCUGAGCGAGUUGCUCGAGUCCGACCAGAAGUUCGGUUUCAUCAUCAUGGACGGUAACGGUGCGCUAUUCGGUACUCUGAGUGGAAACACCCGUGAGAUUCUCCAGCGCCUGCAAGUCGAUCUGCCCAAGAAGCACGGCCGUGGUGGUCAAUCCGCGCUGCGUUUCGCCCGUCUCCGUGAGGAAAAGCGUCACAACUACGUCCGCAAGAUCGCCGAAUUGGCUGUUCAGAACUACAUCACCAACGACAAGGUCAACGUCGCCGGUAUCGUCCUGGCCGGUUCCGCCGAUUUCAAGAACGACCUCAACCAGUCCGAUCUGUUCGACGGACGUCUGGCAGCCAAGGUCAUCAAGGUCGUCGAUGUGUCAUACGGUGGUGAGAACGGCUUCAACCAGGCCAUCGAGCUGGCCGCCGAGACCCUCAGCAACGUCAAGUUCAUCCAGGAGAAGAAGCUUAUUGGCGCCUACUUCGAGCAAAUCAGUCAGGAUACUGGCAAGGUCUGCUACGGUGUUGAGGAUACCCUCAAGGCUAUGGAGCUGGGUGCGGCUGAGAUUCUCAUCGUUUACGAGAACCUGGACGUUACCCGCUGGGUGCUGAAGGAUGCCGCUGGCACGGAGACCGUUAUCCACACCACCAAGCAGCAGGAGGAGAACCGCGAGCUCUUCCAGGACAAGGAGACUGGUCUGGAGAUGGAGGUCGUGGACUCGAGCUCUUUCCUCGAGUGGCUGGCCGAGAACUACAAGGAAUUCGGUGCCAACCUGGAGUUCGUUUCGGACCGAUCCAGUGAAGGUAACCAGUUCGUGAAGGGCUUCGGUGGUAUUGGUGCCAUGCUCCGAUACAAGGUCAACUUUGAACAGCUUGCUGAUUAUAGCGAUGACGACGAGUUCUACGACGAUUGA